CCGCGGCCGGCGGCGGGCAGCAGGCACCGGGCGGCUCCGGCUCUGCGCGGCCAGGGGGAGCGGAGCGGGGCGGCUCGGCUCGGCUCGGCUCGGCGGGGCUCAGCACGGCUCGGCCCAGCGGGGCUGCCCGCUGCCCGUCCCCCGCUUUCGUCCGCUCCGUGCCCGGGCGCCUUGGGUUGGGUGCAGCAUGAAGUGCGGCGAUGGCCCGGAGGGGUAAGACGGCGGUGAGGACGCUGGAAGACCUGACGCUGGACUCCGGCUAUGGUGGCGCGGCGGACUCGGUGCGCUCGUCCAACUUGUCGCUGUGCUGCUCGGAUUCGCACCCCGCGUACCCCUAUGGAGGCAGCUGCUGGCCGCACCUAGCUGGCUCCAUGCACAGUCGCCACAACAGCUUCGACACCGUCAACACCGUCCUAGCGGAAGACUCGGAGGUGCUGGACUGCGCGGGGCAGCAGUGCGCCCGGCUCCUGCCCGACCUCGAGGAGGUCCCCUGGAGCCUGGAGGAGGUGGAGGCGCUGCUGCUGCCGCCGCCGCCCCGCCGGGAGCCGCGGCCGCCGGGCGGUGCCGGUGCCGGUGCCGGGAGCCGGGAUGCCGCGGCGCGGCUCUCCACGCUGGUGAGCCGGGCGCUGGUGCGCAUCGCCCGGGAGGCGCAGCGCCUGAGCCUCCGCUUCGCCAAGUGCACCAAGCACGAGGUGCGCAGCGCCAUGGAGAUCGUCCUGGGCUGGACGCUGGCCGCCCGCUGCACGGCGGCGGCGCUGGGCGCCCUGUCCCUCUACAACAUGAGCGGCAGCGGCGGCGACCGCUUCAGCCGCGGCAAGUCGGCGCGCUGCGGGCUCGCCUUCUCCGUGGGCAAGUUCUACCGCUGGAUGGUGGACAGCCGCGUGGCCCUGCGCAUCCACGAGCACGCCGCCAUCUACCUCACGGCCGGCACCGAGAGCCUCUUCCGAGACAUCCACGCCAGGGUGCUGGCCGGCCCCGCCGCCCCCCUGCCGCCGCCCGGCCGCCCCCCGGCCGACAAGGACAAGGAGAAGGACAAGGAGAAGGAGGGCGCCGAGGGGCCGCGCUUCACGCUCGAGGCGCUGGAGCAGACGGUCAACAACGACCCCGAGCUGUGGGGCUUGCUGCAGCCCUACCAGCACCUCAUCUGCGGCAAGAACGCCAGCGGUGUCCUCUGCCUGCCGGACAGCUUGAACCUUCACAAAGACCAGCAGCGAUCAAACAAGCCUGGGGAAGUGCAGAUGUUCAGCCAGUCAGAGCUAAGGACCAUCGAGCAGUCUUUACUGGCUACGCGCGUGGGGAGCAUUGCCGAACUCAGUGACCUCGUGUCCCGAGCCAUGCACCACCUCCAGCCGCUCAACGCCAAGCAGCACGGGAACGGCACGCCGAUGCACCAGAAGCAGGGAUCGCUCUACUGGGAGCCAGAGGCUUUGUACACCCUCUGCUACUUCAUGCACUGCCCGCAGAUGGAGUGGGAGAACCCAAAUGUGGAGCCAUCCAAAGUCACGCUGCAGACUGAGAGGCCGUUCAUUGUGCUGCCUCCCCUGAUGGAGUGGAUACGGGUUGCCGUGGCUCACGCGGGGCACCGUCGCAGCUUCUCGGUGGACAGUGAUGACGUACGGCAGGCAGCGAGGCUCUUACUGCCUGGAGUUGACUGUGAACCUCGACAGUUAAAAAUCGACGACUGUUUUUGUGCAUCUCGGAAACUGGAUGCAGUUGCUACUGAAGCGAAGUUCAAGCAAGACCUGGGUUUCCGAAUGCUCAACUGCGGCCGAACGGAUCUGGUUAAACAGGCCAUAUCCUUGCUCGGGCCGGAUGGGAUUAACAGCAUGAGUGAACAGGGCAUGACUCCACUGAUGUAUGCUUGUGUCAGGGGUGAUGAGGCUAUGGUGCAGAUGCUGCUAGAUGCUGGAGCAGAUCUGAAUGCUGAGGUUGUCAGUACUGCUCAUAAAUACCCAUCCGUCCACCCUGAGACCCGCCAUUGGACAGCUCUGACAUUUGCUGUGUUGCAUGGACAUAUUCCUGUAGUUCAGCUCUUGUUGGAUGCUGGAGCAAAGGUAGAAGGUUCCUUGGAGCAUGGAGAAGAAAAUUACUCUGAAACUCCUUUACAGUUGGCAGCAGCUGCUGGAAAUUUUGAACUGGUCAGUUUGUUGUUGGAGCGAGGAGCUGAUCCCAUGAUAGGAACAAUGUACAGGAAUGGCAUUUCCAUGACUCCACAAGGUGACAUGAACUCUUUCAGUCAGGCUGCUGCACAUGGACACAGCCAUCCAGAGGAACAUAGAUACAGGAAUGUCUUCCGUAAGCUGCUUGCUCAGCCAGAGAAGGAAAAGAGCGAUAUCCUGUCACUGGAGGAGAUCCUGGCUGAGGGGACAGACUUGCCUGACUCUGCAGCAGCUCCACUUUGCGCCAGCCGCAACAGCAAGGCCAAGCUGAAAGCCCUGAAGGAGGCCAUGUACCACAGUGCCGAGCACGGAUACGUGGAUGUGACCAUUGACAUACGGAGUAUAGGUGUUCCCUGGACGCUGCACACAUGGCUGGAGUCCUUGCGAACAUCCUUCCAGCAGCACAGGCGACCCCUCAUCCAGUGCUUGCUAAAGGAAUUCAAGUCCAUUCAAGAAGAAGAGUACACAGAGGAGCUCAUCACACAGGGGUUGCCUCUGAUGUUUGAGAUACUGAAAGCCAGCAAGAACGAAGUGAUAAGUCAGCAGCUGUCUGUCAUUUUCACUCAUUGCUACGGACCCUACCCUAUUCCAAAGCUUGUUGAAAUCAAGCGCAAGCAGACCUCUCGCUUAGAUCCCCAUUUUCUUAACAACAAAGAGAUGUCAGAUGUUACAUUUCUGGUGGAAGGAAGACCAUUUUAUGCACAUAGAGUGUUGCUAUUUACUGCAUCACCGAGGUUUAAAGCAUUGCUGUCUAGCAAGCCCUCAACUGAUAGUACAUGUAUUGAGAUCAACUAUGUGAAGUACCCCAUCUUUCAGCUGGUUAUGCAGUAUCUUUACUAUGGAGGUGCAGAGUCACUCCUGAUUAAAAACAAUGAAAUUAUGGAGCUUCUCUCUGCUGCUAAAUUUUUCCAGCUUGAAGCUUUACAACGACCUGUGAGAUCAUUUGCGCAAAAAGCAUUAAUACAGAAAACUGCGGUAGAUAUUUAUAAUCAGCCAAGUUUCUCGGAGUCACAGAACUAUCUUCCUAUUGUGAAGGCUACUUUCUAAAAAACAUGAUGGUCCUCAUUGAAAACGAAGCUUUCAAACAGCUGCUGUAUGACAAGAAUGGAGAAACAUCUGGUCAAAAUGUACUACAGGACUUACAGAGGACGUUGGCUACAAGGAUUCAGUCAAUUCAUUUGUCUUCUUCAAAGGGCUCCAUUGUAUAAAGCUGAGGAAGAUGGUAACGCUUUAAUAAAGACCCUGCAAGUUAAGUCUCCUGUUGCAGUUGCUUAAACAAAUUCAAAAAAAUAGAUUCUACUUCGCAUCCAAAUAGUUCUGUGUUGGCCAAAGGCGGUGUGCUGAGGCCACAGCCUCGUUUGGAUGAGGGAAUGCAGAAAACAUAGCUCCUGCAUGCUUCUGAGCAACAGGGGUACCAGAGCGUCCAGUGCAUCGCUGUUGUACUCAAAUUCUGAACAUGAAAGUGUGGUCGUGGAGCUAGAUGCCAACAAAAGCCAGAACUCACAUCAGUGAACAGCAGAAGCCCCAGCCUGAGCAGUGGUGCCAGGGAACACCUGAAUCGACCAAUUACUCAUUCAAGGCGGUUUCGUCCCAGUGUUUUGCAUUUAAGAACUAUGUCUGUCCUGGAGUCCAUUAUCUCGUACACUUAAGAAAUGUAAGAACUGUUACUGCUGUUGAGCAAAGAUCAGUUGUGUUAGAGAGUGGGUAAGACUGUCGCAACUGAGGAAAUAAUACUGGCAGAUUUUUAGGGGUGGGAACUUUUUAAAUUGUUCAUAAAAAAAAUAAUGGGGUGGCCUUGUAGUUUAAAAACUAUUUCUUAAGCUUAAAAUUUCAUUUUCGACAGAGCUGUGUUGGAGAAUCUAUGUAACAUGUUUUGUUUUAUAAAUGGUUAAAAUGUACAUUGUGUAAACAUACAUAUGAUCGAGUUUUGCUUGUAUUCUUCCUAAGGUGGUAUAAUCUUGCCUGACAGGCUAUGGUUACACCAAAGAGGUACAUUACCCAGACUAUCUCUAAUACAGUAGUUGGGGGGGCAGGAAAAACUGCAUGCUAAUUGUGAUUUGGGGUUAAAAACAAUGACAAACUCAACAUGCAUUUGCAUGGUAACUGUACCUGUGAAAUGUUUUGUUCGUGCUUCGUUUUGCCAAGACAAAUGCAAUGUUACUUCUUGUCAAACUCCAUUUGUGAAAUUAGCAUAUUAUUUUAUCCAGUGCAAUUGUUUGUGAUAUGAUACCCCCAGAGACCCUUCUCGAGAUGCUGAUGUCUGUUUGUUACAGUGAAGGGAUAAUAACAGAUCUUUACUCUAGUAACGUGUCAAUACUUUGCUACUGGCCAGAGAUUGUGUCCAAGUUAGAGUUUUUUUAAAUUAUAAUUAAAUAUGUACUAUAGAAUGA